AAAAAAAAACUAUCUAAUUGGGAGCAGAUCAAAAAGAUCACAAUCACUCUCGACAGUAAGUGAAGUCGGGCCAUUGAUGCGAACGAAAGAUUGACGGCUAAGUCUAAAAAUAUAUUCGAGCUUUGUGAAGUAUCCUACCCAUUUAAUUCUACAUUUGAUAACUCGAAAUGAUUGUGACCAUUGCUCAUAAUAAAUACCGGUGCUAUUUGAAGCUUUAAGCUUCUCUUUGGGCUCUUAAUUUCCUUGUCUUUCAUUCCUCUCAGUAGGUCAAUGGGUAUAAGCAGAGUACUGAAUUGCUUAUGUUUCUCAAAUGGGGCAAGUUCGAUGUGCUUGUGUUUGGGAUCAGAGAACAUUGAAGGUGAUGGUGAAGAGAGAAGAGGUCUGAUACAGAAUAACAGAGGUCAUGUCAUGAGGAUUAGGGAUAUAAUUUCCGAGGAAAGAGAUAGGUUGGCUUUUCAGUUGAUGCCCCAGAUGGUGAUAUUAAGGGUGUCUUUGCAUUGCAAAGGAUGCGCCAAACAAGUUGGAAAGCAUAUAUCGAAGAUUGAAGGAAACAGUGAUCAGCUUGAUUAAAGGAAAUCAAGGUUAUUUAGGAAAGCAGCUGAUAUACAGAUAUCACGAGGCUACCUCAACACUUCCCCUCAAGUUGGUGCAAAGAGAUUGAAUGAGCCCAACUUGGUAAGAGCACAGACAAAUUUCUCCUUGCCAAGUGCUUUAGUGAAGAUAUCUACAAGUUGAUUUUUAUUGUUAACACGAGGGGUACAAAUCGUCUUGGCUUGAACAUUUUCGCUGACCAAAUGACAAUCAACUUCAAUAUGUUUAGUUCUUUUAUGAAAAACGAGAUUAGUUGCAAUAUGGAUCGCAGCUUGGUUAUCACAAAGUAAUGGUAUGGCUUGGUUGAUCUGAAACCUAAGUCAUUGGGAAAGAAUUUUAACCAAAUUAGUUCACAAAUUGUGGAUGCCAUGACACUAUAUUCUGCCUCAGCACUGGAUCUAACGACAA